UUUUACGUUUGACAAUAGUCGGCCCUAUACAUGUAUUGUGCGAGUAAUUUCAAUAGUUAACACUUUAUAAUAAGUAUAUGACCCAUUAAGUAGAUUACAGAAGCGUUGUAACCAGUUUAAAUUAAAAGCCAUACAGGACCGACCAAAGUAAUAUAUCUGCGAGGUCAUUUGAAUAGCCUACCACCAUUGAUUCUUCUGGAAGCAAAAUUGAGAAUCUAUCUUCAUUAUGGAUUUUUCUAAAUUCCGGGAGUCUGGUGAACUCUCUGAUAUCACGGUGGUCGUAGAUGGUGCUGAAUUCAAACUUCACAAAUUUCCGCUUUAUGCAAAAUCGGACUAUUUUCGUAAUCUAACAAAAGACAAAAAUUCCAAAGAGAACAUUGUACGAUUAAAUGACUUCCCUGGUGGGUCCGAGAUGUUUGGAAUGAUAGCUGAUUUCUGCUACAAUAUGGCUUUACCUAUGACCAAAAACAGUGUUGUCCAAAUAAGGUGUGCAGCUUCCCGUCUGGAAAUGGAAGGACCUGGCAAUUUAGGGGAUUUAGCCGAUAAAUAUCUUCACGACACAAUCACCUCAGCCAAAUUAAGCAGAUCAAUUCAGUCCAUUGUGACAUUGUUGCUGAAUUGUGGUAAGAUUGGAACAGUUGCGGAGAAAACCGGAAUUGUGUCUAUGUGUGUUGACGCCCUCGUGGAAUGUUGGUUGAAGCCACCCACAAAAUUUAGUUCUUUUACUUCAAGGUUAGAUUCGACAGAAGACAAAACUACUUCAGGUCUGUGCUCCCUGCCCGUUGAGUGGUUUGUGAAAAUUCUAGUCAAGGGUCAAGAGGAUGGGGUAAGGAUGUCCGAGCUGGCUAGUUUGGCUGUCCAGUACGUGUCGAAGGUUCUCGAACCUGAUGUGCCGAUCAAGAAGGAAAACGCCGAAGAAGACACAGAAGAACAAAAUGAAGAUGAUACAAAACCACAACCAACAGUGUUAAAUGAAAAAAGAGAGGCCGAGGUUGCAAAAGUGCUCGAUGCUGUUUUGUUGGCUUUGCCAGAAGAGUCCUAUAACUUGCCUUACAUAACCCCAGAAUGGUUAACCAAAGUUCUGAGAAUCGCCACAACGCACGGAUGUUCUUGCAGAGAUCUCCUGGUUAAGGUUGCUGGAGAAAUGUUCAACACGCUCUCAGCUGAAGAUCUUUGUACCAUUUCGCCGUCUGUCGUGCACGAUAUUGUUGUCGAGGCAGCAAAAGAUCCAAAUCAAUCAGAACAGGCCUGCAAACUUGUCGAUACCUAUACCUCAGAAAUGGCCCGAAAGGAAGUUUUAACAUCAGAAACGUUUAAGCUACUCACUUCAGCAGUCCCACAAGAUGGAAGAAAGGAUAACAACCAGCUUUAUAAUGUCUUAGAAUAUAUUUUUAAAACAGAAAAAGACACCCUAACCGAUGAUCAAAUUAGAGAACUGAUUCAGUUGGUCAAUUUCUCCGAACUUAAUGAAGUUACCCUACAGAAAGCCUUUGAUUCUGAUGUCAUUCCUGAUAGAGAGGUGGCCAAGGGGGCGUUGGCACUGUGUCAUCGUCUGAAACGUGAUAUGGAUAGUAUGAAAUACAGUGGAACACUGUCGGAUACAUCGUCACCUGGUGGAGCUGUUAGUCUUUCUAGACUGAGUAAGGAACCUAGUAAAGUUUUAAGUGAGAGUUUUAAGACGGGUGCCGAAGGUGAAGAUCCAGUAAAGGCCGCUGCGGAUGUCCUAAUGGCUGCCAGAUCAAAACUAGCCGGUCCGCUAUAUUCCAGUUAUUCUAGACAGUACCAUUCUCACCCUUCGGGCGCUAGCCAUGUUCCAGCUGUUAACCCCUAUCAAUCCACAUUAGAUGCCGACACGAGUUUUGAUGACGAUUACGAUUACCGUUACGAUCGCGCUUAUCGCAAUUUAGAUGCUCGAUCCCGGCCUCGCUCAUAUGUAUAUUCUGAUCAUAAGAGUUACUUUCCAUAUAGUUCGAGAUACUGAUUGUUUACUGUAAUAUAUUGACGCAAUAAUUUAUUUAUUAUCAAAAUGUGUAAUAUAACUUAAUACAUGUUUGUAUAUUAUUUAUUAGAGAAUAUAGUCAGUAAUCAGUAUUUAAUUUGGAUGUGCCAUAGGGCUGUAAACACGGAUUUACAGACGGUAUAAACGGGAUAUGGUUAAAAGCCAAUUAGCUGAAAUCUUCCUAAAGGCUAAAACCCUUUGUUUGGGUCUCUUUUUUAAUCCGAUUGAAUCCGAGCCAAGAGAUAAUCUACUGUUAAUAUUUUGAUUUUGUUUUCUUAAUUAAAUGUUAAAUAAUCAGUUUUGAGUGCAUUGUGGCGUCGAUUAAUAAGCCGUGGCGUGGAAAAUUUGAUAUUUUCCGAAAAAUGCAAUGACUUGAAACGGUUUAUUUUUUAUUGGGUAGGCGUAGUUAUGCUGCAAUUUUAGUAAGGUUAAGCCUUUUAAAACUAUCAUUUCCAUGAAGAUGUGUGUAAAGUAACGGGCAAGAAUGACGAAAUUGUUAAAUUUUAUAAAGAUGACUGUGAUAUUUAAAUAUAUUUUUGUUUAGAGAUUAUAUAUAAGUAAAUGGCA